AUGAUAUCGAUCCUUGAACCAAAUGAGCGAGCCGAUCUUCCAACCAUUUUGUGCCUCCAUGGGGCCGGCACGAAUGGAAUCAUAUUUCGAUUACAGGCACGCAUGAUAAUCCGCAAGCUAUCAACAGUGUUCCGGUUCGUCUUCAUCGAUGCACCAUUCGAGUCUGUAGCUGGACCGGGUGUUUACCCAACAUAUGAAGGAAUCGAACCGUAUCUCUGGUGGCACUGCGAUGAAAGUGCAGCUAUCGAAUUUGAUAUCUCGCCGGAAGAAAUUCGACACAGACGACAGAUAGUGCAAAAAUUGCUUGCUACGCAGCUGAACCAGACAAAGGCCGUGGGCAUCAUGGCUUUCAGCCAGGGUGCGAGGGUCGCAACCGGCAUUUGCUUGGAUUCUGUAUUGGGAAAGCAGUUGAGAUUCGCUAUUUUGAUCGCAGCAACUUUUCCGGCAUUGCACGUUGACGACUGUGGGAGAAAUUCUUCGUCUUGUGGAACAAAAGUCUUGUCGAGUCCAGUUGGUCCAUCCAAGCCAAUAAUAAUUCCAUCGGUUCACAUACAAGGCACAAAAGAUCCAUGGAAGUUGGAGGGCUCUCGUCUCAAGGACACAUAUUUUGAAGACAGCAAUGCGGAAUUGGUAUCUUUUGUCGGGGGACAUGCGAUUCCUGUCGCUCCUAGAGAUGUAGAGAAAGCAGUUGCUACGAUUUUGAGAGCAUGGGCACGAGUUCAAAUAAAUUAA